GGAGGAAAAGAGAAACCAGCCUAACUAUAUGAAACUGCCUUUUAAAUGCGAUAUGUGUGUCCUCGGCUUUACCAAGAAAGAAAAUUAUUAUUACCAUAUGGAAAAGAAACACGAUGUGAAUGUUGGCCCAUACAUCUGUCCGACGUGCUCAAUACGUUUUACAACGGAACAGCUGUUAGAGUGUCACAGAAAAAAACAUUACCUAUACUACAGAUGUCAUCUAUGUAAAUACGAGACUACCGAGAUUAAAACAGCGUGGACACACAGCAGAAGUAAACACGUCAAUGACACUGAGGAUUGCCGGCAUUGUGAAUGCUGCGACUUUGUUGCUACAACUUCAGAAGAGUUAUCCGAACACAUGAAAGCCGAGCAUUCUGUGCUCUGCAAUGAAUGUGGGGAGAAAUUCAAAGGUCCCGACACACUCAAGUCUCAUAAGAGACGAAUCCAUAAUGGCGUCAAACGUGAAUUCCAGUGCGACAUUUGCUCAAGGGCGUUUAAAACCAAGUCAAGACUGGAGUCUCAUAUGGCGAACCACAAUUCCACCAUAGCACAGAAGCUGGCCUAUUGCACGAGCUGCAAUAUUCAAUAUAAGAAUAUUUACGUAUACAGAAACCAUUUGAGAACUAGUGCAAAUCAUGCGGACCAAAUGUAA